GAAAGAAAAUCUUCUAAAGAACUGAACUUCACACCGACAAGCUGUGUAUCAGACGCGUGAAGGUGAUGGAUAUGAUGAGUUCUUGCAGGAGUUUAGUAGGAUUAGCAGCGUGUGCAGCUGGAGCUGUAGUCAUGGCUGCUGGAGGAUAUUAUUAUGUUCAUAAGUGUGGACUUGAGGAGCGGAAGACGGAGGCCUUCGAAGGCACACCUGUCCACGAAGACCCAGUGCAGAUUGUCUCUUCAGGCUUUCUGCAGUCUUCUGAUGGACACAAGGACACGCAGAUGGACAAGGCCAGCCCUGAGGCGUGUCUGGAAAAGGCCGAAGAGAAGGAUGAGGAGGAAGAGGUGUCCGUUGUUCAGCUGAACAGCGAGGAGCUCCAUGUGCCGAACCUAGUGGAGAAAGUCACGGAGCUGGAGAAACUGUUCUCUGUGGUUCACAGAAAGUCUGAGAUAAAAAGCAAGGAGCUUGAGCAGGAGCGACAGGCUCAGAGAGUCCUGAAGGAGAAGUAUGAAGACAUGAAGUCCUGUCUGGAUGAAGCUGAGGAGAGAGCUAAGAUUGCUCUAGAGUCCAACGCUCAGCUGGAGCACGAGAACUCCAACCUGAAGGACCAGGUCACGACACUGCAAGGGUCAGUGGAGAAGUUGGACGGAGAACCCCAUGAGAUGUGCGAAGAGAAAUCGAAGAGUCAGAAGUGCGAGCUGAUGAAGCUGGAGGAGAUCAGGAGAAAUAUGGAGGAGAUGCUCUUUGAGGUGGUCAGAGAGUUUAAGAAGGAACGCAAGGAGCGGGAGCGAGAGCGUCAGUAUUACUGCGACCUUUUGGCCGGUUACGAAGACACUAAGGAAAGGCUGGAGCACGAGAACGCCAACCUGAAGGACCAGGUCACAACACUGCACGGGUCAGUGGAGAAGUUGGAGGGAGAACUCCAUGAGACCCAGCAGAUGUGUGAAGAGAAACUGAAGUGGUCUGAACACGUGUGUAAAAAGUUAAUAAAUCCUGCAACAUUUUGGAUGGUGAACUCUCAGGGUCAGGAGAGCGAGCUGAUGAAGCUGGAGUUCAGAAGGAAGAGUCUGGAGGAGAUGCUCUUUGAGGUGGUCAGAGAUACUGCGCUGAUAAUCAAGAGUCAGAAGUGCGAGCUGAUGAAGCUGGAGGAGAUCAGGAGGAAUAUGGAGGAGAUGCUCUUUGAGGUGGUCAGAGAGUUUAAGAAGGAACGCAAGGAGCGGGAGCGAGAGCGGAAGGACCACAGAAACCUUUUGUCCCAGUAUGAACACAUUAAGGGCUCUCGGGCUGACGCUCAGAAGAAUGCUCAGAAUACUCAGCGCUGCAGUACGCUGGAGAAAGAGAUGCUCACCCUGAUGGAACAUCUGAAAUGUAUGCAGGGCUUAUUAGAGGACCCUGUAAGGUCAGAACUGUAAUGUCAGAAGAUGUUCAGAUGCUGCACAUCGUUUAACAUAAAGAAAAUAAAAAAUAAUCCGUGAAACACAGAAAGAAAUAAAGAA